GAGGGAAAGGAACGGGGGAGCAGCGGUAGUUCGACCACGGAGAGGAAAAGAGGGCGGGACAGCGCUGGGAGUGGCGGCUGGCCGGCUUCGUCGCGCUCUCUCGGGGCUCCGCAGGAAUUUGCUUGGGCUUGAUGUAAUGUUCAAGUUCAGAAAUGCCUUAUGUGGAUCGUCAAAAUCGUAUUUGUGGUUUUCUAGAUAUUGAAGAAAAUGAAAAUAGUGGAAAGUUUCUGCGGAGAUAUUUUAUACUGGACACAAGAGAAGAUAAUUUGGUAUGGUACAUGGAUAAUCCACAGAAUCUUCCUUCUGGAUCUCCAUCAGUUGGUUCCAUUAAACUUACCUACAUUUCAAAGGUUAGCGAUGCAACUAAGCUGAGGCCAAAGGCAGAAUUCUGUUUUGUCAUGAAUGCAGGGAUGAGGAAGUACUUUCUACAAGCCAAUGAUCAGCAAGACUUAAUUGAAUGGAUAAAUGUCCUGAACAAAGCUACAAAGAUCACAGUACCAAAGCAGGCAGAUUCACUGUCUCACACUGAUAAUCCAGCAUCUCACACUGAAAAUAAGGGUUUGAAGAAACAAAUGUCCUACAGAACAGAGAUUGUUGGCGGUGUUCCUAUAAUUACACCUACUCAGAAAGAAGAGAUAAAUGAAUGUGCUGAUAAUGAUAAAAAUUACUUGAAACGGACCCAAAGCCACAUUCCUUACUUUUCUGCUAAACAUCCCCCAGAUAAUGCUGUGAUCAAAGCUGGCUACUGUGUUAAACAAGGAGCAGUGAUGAAGAACUGGAAAAGAAGAUACUUCCAGCUGGAUGAAAACACGAUAGGCUAUUUUAAAUCUGAACUGGAUAAGGAGCCUCUUCGGAUUAUACCACUGAAAGAGGUUCAUAAGGUCCAGGAAUGUAAACAAAGUGAUAUACUAAUGAGAGACAAUCUAUUCGAAAUUGUAACAACUUCUCGAACUUUUUACGUACAGGCAGAUAGUCCAGAGGACAUGCACAGCUGGAUUAAAGCAAUUUCUGGUGCAAUAGUAGCACAGCGGGGACCUGGAAGAUCAGCAGCUUCUAUGCGGCAGGCCAGAAGGCUGUCGAAUCCUUGUAUACAGAGGUAUACAUCAAGAACCGGUGAAUGCAGCAUGAGCAUUCCAGCUGUUCUGCAGACUCCUACUGUCCUGCAAAAACAGCAGCCAGCACCUCACAUUGCACAACCACUCACAACCCCGCUUUGGUCCAAACCAUUAACAGCAAGCCCCUUGUCUUGGAGAAGCGAAGAUUUCACGAAUCUUUUACCAAGGCCAAGCCAGGGAGCUUCAAGAUCCAGGCUGUCCCUUCAAGAGACCCAGCUUCCAAAGUGACUCUGCAGGGCCUGUUGGAACCUCAGAAUAACAAUGGCACUCAGGAACAGGAUCCUGGCCCCGUGGACCUGGAUGAUGCAAGCCUUCCAGUCAGUGAUGUGUAAUAAUGGGAAAGAGUUUGGAGAGCAAAACAUGUGUUAUUGGUCCAUGACUUUUCUUGCUCAGACUUUUAGCCAAAGAUUGACUAUGGGAUGAAAGAACAACGAAUGGAAUAUUGCUUAUGUAGAUCUGUAUAUGUGUGUAUACAUUCAAAUUCGUGUAUGUUUAACUAGUCAUAUGCUGCCUUGUACUGACUAUCAGAGCAGGCUUUUUGCUGUUUCAGCAGCCUGAUAAUAAAUCUUUUUAAUAGGGAGGGGCCAAAAUACAGACUUAAAAUUAUUGUUGUCAAUAAGCAAGGUACCAGUUGCUCUUCAUCAUCAGUUUGGCAAAACUGAAUAGCAUCUUAGCGAUAUAACAAAGGAAAUGUUAUCAUGUGACUUGUACUGUAAUUCAGACUGUUGACAAGUAAGUUGACUUGUUUUCUAAAAAUACUGGCACAGCCUUUCAGAAAUCUAAAUACUUAAUCUGUUUUUACAGGAUCACGAUUGCAAAAUGUUAUUGUACCUAGUGAUGACCUAAUGCACUUUUCCUAUGCAAAGAGAAUUGCUAUGUAACCACCCCAGACACACACGCGCGCACACAUGCUGCGGCGUCUGAAAUGAGAUCUGCUCUCCGUGUGAUGCAUAUGCAGAUUUAUCAUCAACUGCAUCAUCGGUGUACUCAUAGCAUGAAAAUCACGUAUGCUGCAUUUCAGACUUGCAUAUUACAUACGUUAAGUUGCAUGAAAUGGGUAUCUGUGUGUGAGAAAAAGAUCCCUGACGGGGAAGGCCACAAAUGUCUUGCACUGACAUAAAUCUGUUUAACUGAAACUCUUGUGGAACUGUUCUGUAAAUCACUGCCCUUCUAUAAAAUCCAACUCUCUUAGAAUUCCAGGUAUUUGGUGCUGUGAAACUUAAGAAUAAUACAGCUAUUUUUAAUAUUUAGCCUAUUUUUGAUGCACUCCUAAAGGUGAAUUGUAACUUUUGCACAUUUGGAUAUUAAUGGACCACCAAUAAUUAAGAGUGUUAUGGAUUUUUUUUUUUAGUACGGAGAAGGGAAGCUGGCCUACUAAAUCUUUUAAAGGGUUAACUAAAAGUAUUUUAUAUUAGGAUUUACAGAAAUUAUAUGUUUAAGAUUGUCUAUGGUUUUUUUUCCCUCUUGUGUGAUCCUUUUUUCCAGUGUGUUAUAAAUGGUUACCAUUUUAUAUCUGGAUCAGUAAAAGACUGAACAAAGUUUGUUUUGUGCUGUUAACUGGUACUAAAUUGUUCAAUCAUGCAAUUGUGGCCUGUAACUUUUAGUGCACUAAAUUUAUUAAAAGUGCCUGUGGGUUCUUAUUUCAUGAUACGUUUAAUGUUCUGGGGUUAGAUGAAUAUUGGAUUUUGCUUUUUUGUGGUAUUGAACCUUGAGAUUACUUAUGUAGUGUAGUUCAGCACGUGUAUUAAAUGAUUUACGGAGGUUGCCAGCAUACUGGUAUGCUUGGGCUGUGCACUAUGUUCUUUAAACUGGAUAUUUGUUCAGAAGUUUCAGUGGUAAGGGUUCAAGAAGCCUUUGAUAAGAAUGAACAUGCACUAUUUAUGCAACAGUUAGAUUAUGGACAUGUUUGCUUUAACCAACACCCCUUUCCCUCAAAUGAUUUUGCUUGAUGCAAUUCAGACGUUCUACUUUGCAGUAAUACUCUUACCUAUUUUAAAAUGUGUGCAAUGUUUGACAAAGCGUGCAAAAGAAUAAAAAUACACAUAAGUUUGAAGGAAGUGUCCAGUACUUCAAUGAAGUAGAUAUACAGUUAAUUAUAUUAUGCCCCAGUGGUGCAAAUUCCAACUUUUUUGAAAUUAAUUGAUUAGUGUAAACUUGUGUGGAAACUUAUUUUAGCCCACAGGCCUCUGGCCAGCUGUCCCUUUCAUGUUCUCUUGCUGGUGACAGAAAGGAGGAGGUUGUUUGCCAAUGCUUCACUGGAGGUUCUCAGUGGUCUGGUUCACAUGAUCACCACAAUUUCCAUAGCUUUACUUAAGCUGCAAUGUGUGCCAGGCACCAUUUGGUUGUCUGGGCAUGGUUUGCUUUGCCAUUCAGACCCAAAUGACAUCAUAUGUUAACAAGGAAAGAACCCUCAAAUAGCUGAACGGGAGGCCCUGGCACCCUGCACAUGAUGCCUGGCACACACAUCAGCAUGUCUUCUGGGACUUGUUCAAGCCCUGGUGAUUGUAUGAACCACGUGGUUGUCUUUUAGCAUACUCAGCACAGAAUUUACUUUGCUGCUUGCUUUCAGUUGCCUGAACCCCAAAUCUAAUGAAGGCAUUGACUCAGGUCCAGUUGAGAAUCUUUGGCUUGGCACCAGUUGACUCCAGUUUUCAAGUGCCGACUAUACUAUAAAGAUUGUUACUAUUUUUAGAAUAAUGCUAGUUUAAAAGUGAAUGAAAAUACUCCAGAUGCUGCCUCUAAUUGUUCAAACUCUAUCAAAAUCUUGGCAGAAGUAAAAUUUCCUGAAGUUAGCACCAUAGGAAAGGUAGUUUUCCCUUUUAUUGCUUGCUAUUUAAGGGUUUCAGGAAGAUUUUCUUUCAAUACUACAAUGACCAGCAGUUACUUGCUUUCUGGGUGCCAUAUAAAUAAAAAGUGGGAAUAUUGAGUAACACAGUCCAGUGACAUGUAAAUUCCCAUGUAAACCUUACUUGCGCCCAGGCACUCUCAGUAGCGAGCUGCAUCAGUUGGCAUCUGAUGCCGCAUGACACUUGCAACUUGCUUAGUCCAUCCGGGCAUCUAGUCAUUGACAAAUGGUCUCUCUGACUGCCUGUAGCUAAAUGUUCUCUACCUCCAAAUUAAUUUGCUGUAAAGAUGCCUUCUCCACAAAGUUUCUUGUUUAAAGCUACAUCUACAUGGCAGUUCUUUGUGAUUGUGUCCUGAAAUUUCCUUGCUUAUGCCAGGAAGUUAAAAACUUGGAUCUUAAGACUCUUGCAGCUCUGCUUGUGAAAAUCUGCUACCUUUGUCUUACAUUCAAUAUAACAGCCAUUCCACUUUUCAGCCUACUGAUUAUAUUUAUUGAAAGGUACACAGGUGCAAAUUUUUGGAUGUGAGGGCAAUCUGUCACCCCCUUGAUCACCAGGGUUGAUUUGGCUGAUCUGGAUGCUUAGGUAGAUGUUCCCUUCCUAGCAUUCCAUGUAUGUCCCUCCCGAAGCUGCACAUUUAGUGGAAAAGGACAGUCAUCCCAGACAGAAGGAGUGUACUGGUCUUUGGUCAAUAUAUGAAUUUAACAUCUUAAUAAAACCUCAAGCAUCUGUGUGCAAAAACUUGUAAACAUUAUUUGGGUCUGCUGAUGCUAAAACCAGAAAAUGAUAGCAUGGACAAAGCUUAAAGACUGAAUUGUAACAAUGCCAAACUGCAGUGGUCUUUUUCUAAUUUGUCCAAUACAGCAGCACCUUUACAUUUGUUAACCAUAAGCUAAACAUUUACAAGCAGUGUUUGUAAAUUAUGUUUAUUUGCCUUCUCAGUUACAUGUGAACUAAUAUGUUGAAUGUUUAUAAGAAAUCUAGUUUAGUAGCGUAUGUUUUAUCUUGUAGCAAAUUUAGCCAAUAGGUAUCUGAAUCCUUAAUUUUCACAGAUAUGUACUUUGUGGGAAAACCUGAAUUGGAAUGUUUGUAUUGUCAUACUUGGACAUAAUGGUCAAUUUCCUGCAUCUGGUACAGUGUCCACAGUGCAUGUUAAUUAUAUAUUUUUUUGGUUUGCCAAUUUUCAGUUAAUUGGAAGCAAAGCAGCAUUCUUACAGAAUUCUUUUAAAUUCAAACUGCUUAAAUAGUUGAGUAAUGUAAGAAAAUAUGUGGUUAAUAAAUUGUCAGGGUCUCUUAUUUAUCAGUACUUUUUAAAUAUAAAAUUGAUGAAAAUUGUUAAAUUAUUUUAGAACCUGUGGUGUUUUCUGUAAUUGUCACACUUGUUAAUAAAUUGACUUUGGUAACAAAAUAUAACAAACCUAUCCGACUACUACAUUUAGUGCACUUCAAAAAGGUAAAUUGUUAACAAUUAAUGAAACUAUUUUUGCAUACUAGCUCUUGUUCUUUCCUGUUGAGAUCACAAAAAAUCUAAGUGAAUUUAAAAUAAAAGUAGACCUGUGAAAA